UAAGUGUCCAAAAAAUGAAUAGCAAUGAACUUCAGGCUUGCGAAGAUGAAAUUAAGUCUUUGGAAGAAGAAAUUAAAAUGCUAACAGAAGAAUAUGAACACAGUCAACACCAGUCAAUGGCAUAUACUGAGGCAGAAAAAAUGGAGAUCAUGAAAUUACUUAGAAAAAAGCCUGAAGAACUGAAGCAAUCCAAAUCUUCUCCAGAUCAGGAAACUCAACUCCACUUGUUGGAAGCUGAUCUCUCAUUUAUAAUGAAAUUUACAGGCAUUUUCUUUACACAUUAUUCACGUAAACUUGUGGAAAAAAAUGGAUCUAAAACUAUUCAAACUUAUAAGCUGUCAGGAAAGUGUCAGUCAAUCUCAUUUCAGUUGGAAUUUAAACUCACAGAAGAAAGUAAGAUGAACAGAAAUGCUUCAGCUAUAGUAACUGACCUUAAUAUUAUAACAGAAUGUGACACGGACUGUGAUUUAAGCAAGCUUGUUUCAAGGGUUGAAGAAAAUGGGGAUCUCUGCCUGUUCUUCAGAAAUGUCACUUGUUUCUCUGAAUGGUGUAAACAUCGGGAACGUACUUUUGCUUAUUUUAAGAAUAAGUAUCCAGAUAUUGUUGUACUUCCGGAAGGAAUACAUGGAGAUUACAUGCUCUUAAGAAGCACUCAACUUUCCAAAUUUGAAUUAAUGAUUGUUUGGAAGAUGCAGGUAGAUGAAAAAGGAAACAUUAUACCAUUCUUGGAUGUUUUGAACAAAAUACCACUACAAGGUGCUCUAGCUGACAAAUUUGCAUCACAUGCUCCCCAAGGUUUCAGAAGUUUCUUGCAUAUGUUUGGGAUAGAGGCCUCCAUUGAAACUCUGAUCAAUUUAAUUUCCGAAGACUAAUGAGUGCCAGGAAAACCAGUUACGCAUCUAUCAUUUUAUUGAAUAUAAACAUUAAGUUAUUUUUCAUUUAGAAACCAUACCCAUAAAACAUGCUAUCUGUACAAUUAUGGCACAUAUAUAUAUAUAAAUUGUCAUGACAAAUAAAUACAGCUUUUUAAAUACAAAACAUCAAAUCAGAUACGAGUAGAAUGCAUUUCAUUAAAAAAUUAACUUUCUGAAUCAAAGUGGUUUUUCCCCUCUACAUCAGUUCCUAAAAUCUCCUCAGAUCAGCCUGAUAAAUUCAAGUCUAAAAAAAGUGGCAGUUUCAGUUCACAGCUGUAUAUAUGUAACAGUGAUUCUAGAAUGAUACAGAACAGUUUGAUAGUAAUUAAAAUUAAGCUACAGAAACAUCAUACAGUAGCAUACCUACUUCUUCUUCCAUAAACAGUGAUUGAAGGCAAAUCAGGUUUAUCAUACUCAUAAAAUAAAAAUGAGACUUUUUAAUUUACAAAGCAUAAGCUGCAAUUUAUUAACCACAUGCUUCAUGAAGAAUAAGUACAGAAUGGGCAAAAAUAAUGGCAUUGAUCUGCAUAUAACUUGCCUAAAUAUUCCAGUAUUUUUUCCAUAUUUAGAUUUCCUAGGAUCCAUUUUUUUUAAUGUGACCCAAACAGAUAAGUAGCUAUGUAAAGUUUUCACCGUUCUUUUAAAGUGCUGUAAUAGGUUUUUUUUUUAGAAAAAGCAAAGUUUAUAUCAGUUUUCAAAUACAAAGCUUCAAAUUGAGCAUUUUAAGCAAUAUUUGCAUCCCAUGCUUUCCUAGUUAUAGACAGUAAGAUAUAACAAUCUAAGUUAAAAAGCUUGGUUAAUUUUAUACUCAUUUUAUACCUGCCAAUGCAGCUUUAAUUAAACUUAGCAGCUAUCAGCCCAACACAAAAUGAUUCUAUCUUAAGUUUGCCAAAACUAGAAUUUCUAUUCAAGAUUACAAAUUUUGUUUUCUGGAGGCAAGUUUUGGAUUCACACAUGGAAUGCCACAAAACAGUGAGCAAAACAGCACUAUGCAAGGUUUUUAGCUUAUUUUGCCCCAUAUGCAUUUUCUAGAUGUAUGUAGAGUUUGAUCGAUUGCUGAUUGCAUAUUGCAGGUGAUACUUAUCCAAAUGAAAUGCCCAUUGCUGCACAGCUGUUUGUGUCAUAUAUUACUAGUUACUACUAAUUUGCUUUAAGAAUGGUAGCUUUUCUGGAAAAUGCUUUGUAUUAUAAGGUGAAUAUUUCAAUAAAAUAUUUUUGAACAACUUUAGCAAUAUUCACAAUUA